AUGGCCUCGCUCGUUAGUGCGGUGAUGCCGAGCUCCGGCAACUGGAGCUCCCUGGCGCGUUCUCAGCUCGAGGUUCUGCAGUCGCUGGUAAAGAAGCAUCUGGAGGACCCCUCCCUCGCAGACAUUGCAAGUGGGGAUGAUUUCACGCUCACUUCUAUCGAACGAGGGAUUCCCAGAUACGAGCACUCCCACCUGGUUGCAGCUUUAGAUGUCAUCCUUGAGUAUCAAAGAAACAGGAAGACCACCUACUUCACUGUCCUCGGGACCCGAGCUCAGACAAGUAUCGGAACGUACCGGCAUGAUCCUCGCACCCGACUUAUCGAGCUGCUGAAGCGCUGGCUUCGGACGCACGCGGCAAACCCAAACAUCACAGAGGACGAGGUGCGUCGGAUGUGUGGGCUUUGCCGCGACCUGUUGAACUAUCCAAACCUCUUUCCCUCGCGAAACAAGACCAGCUUCAUGCAUGCACUGAGUGAAGUCUACGAACACUUGGAGUUGCAGUUGCGACAGGUCCUCGAACGGGAUCGAACCUGCGCAGAGCUCGCCGCAAGAUGCUUGUCCUUGAGCCGGAACUUGAUCUCAGAUGUAGUCGCCUUCCUGCUCCUUGCCGCCACGCACCUGACGCAGACUGACAGCCUGCCAUCGCUCGAAGUGGUGGUGCUUUGGCAGUCGCUGCCCGCAAGUUGCAACCCACAGCCCAGUCGGAUUGAUCCCCAACUGCAGAGGGCCAUGCAGGAUGCUUGGCAGACGAUGAUUGGCACUCUGGUCAGCAACCUGCUUAGCCUGCGCUGGACCUUCCACCUCUUCGCUGGAAGCGGGGCCGAGGAGGAGCUGGCGCGGGCGGCGCCGGAAGGUGCACUAGCAGCCCUUGCCGAGUCCCCCGCGGACAGCCUCACUGAAAGCCUUCCGGCGCAGAUACGGCGCGUGCGCAAGGAGUUUGAGUCCGCGCACUUCAAGACGAGUGGCCUGGCAGGGCCUUUUCGGGAGCCAUCGCAGCAGGAUGCCAGGGAGAACUUGCUCGUUGCAGUCGAGUCCCUCUUUGACCUCUUGUACUUGAUCGGAGAGGUGCUCUCCCAGUUCCACCGGAUCAGCGACAGCUUGGGUGACUACGGAAUGAUCCGGGUGGCUCUGUGGCUCCAUCCCUGCCUGGAUUGCAUGGUGGAGAAGCUUCAGCGCCUCCAAAGCAGCUUGAAAGGACUUAACAGAGCUGUGGAUUCUGAGCUGGUCAUCGCGAAAGCGCGGGGAAGGAGCCUCAAGAAACCACUGCCUUCGGAACGGAUGUCCGCCCGUGGCCACGCGGCAAUUCAGCGCGCAACCGACGGGCGGGACUGCCACUUAGCAGCCUUGCUCCAGAGCCUCGAGGAGCUAAAGUCGCAUUCGUCUCCCGAGCGACUUCCGCACGUGGUGGAGGGCCUGGGAGAUGCGUGUUCUCAGCUCCAGAAUGUGCUCUCAUCCACGCAGUUCCGUGUGUUGGUGGGUGACGCUUUCCCACGACUUCCUCCCUUGGCUAACAUGGGCAGGGCCAGCAGACCUGCGCUUCCGGAAAGCCACGCACUCGAGGACGAAGCUCCCAUGGGUGACUACAGUGAUCCUGAGGAGGAUCAGGCCACAAGCGCCUGUGCUCCAAUUCGCGGGUCCCGAAACGGUGCCCAAAGCAGCGCCAGGGCUCGCUCUCCACAGCCCGCAGCUGAUGCAGGCAGUGCAGCCCUCUCGCUGCCUUUACCUAGCCGUGCCAGACAGGACAGUCCUGAAGGAGCGUUCCAGUCGUGCCUGUUCUUUGCGCAGAAGUCAUCCCGCAGGAGCGGCAGCGUGCCUGCCGCAAUCCGCGCGACCUGGCGAGCUCUCUACGGAUUCAAGGAGGCCGCGCUGCCAGCAGCCGCGGUUCCAGCUCUGCCAGCUGCAGAUCCUGCACCCGCCGGCGCGCCCGCGGAUCUGGUGACGAAUCUGCCUAGCGAUGGCUGGAUUUCCCACACGGGUCCCGGAGGCCGCACAUCUUGGCACCACAAGUCCCUGGGACCAGCUCCCUGGGAAGAGAGCUUGACAAAGGACUCUGCCCCUGACACAAAUCCUUUCUCCAAAGAUCUCAGCAAAGAGCCUCUUGACGCGCCGGCCCAGAGUCGGAACAUGCCUGAGAAUCCAGGAAUUCUCAAGAUGGUGACCAUCCUUCCCCCUGGUCUGUCGGUGUUGACCGACACAGCACGUCAGAGACAGAGAAUCCAUCCGAACCUUAUCGACCGAAUUCACGCCAUCGAGUACACCUCAGGUUGCGCGUACUCCAGAGUGCAGAGAGACGCCGUCGUAUCCGCCGGCGAAUCCGCCGAGUUCAGGACGUGGCCGGGAGUCCCAUGUUGCUGGUUCCGGAAGGGCACCGGCUGGGACCGCUUCGGCUACCUGGCGUGGGUGUCUUCGCGCGGAGGCAGUCAACUGCUCAUCUACGAGAAGGGUUCGACAGACCAAGUAAAGACGGUAGUGGAUGUUGGAGCCGGAGAAGUGGAGAGGUGUUGCCUGGUGGGGACGGGGAUAUUGUCGCUGGAAGUGCAGCGUAAGAAGCGACGCUCGUCCAGCCUUGGGCGGUUCUCUUCGCCCCAUGUAGGAGGCUCAUCUCGGUCCGAUGCUCGCGAGCAGAAGCUGUAUUUCUUCGAAUUCGGGGCCUACGGCGUGCCCUACUUCCUGGUGCGGAACAAGAUUGAUGUCGAUAUCGAGGCAGAGCUCCUCAGACAAGAGGAGGAGGAGGAGGAGGUUGCCGACAACGAGGAGGGGAUGCUACAGGAGGUCACCGUGCAGACCAUGGAAACGGUGAAACAAGAGCUCCGAAUGCUCACGGGCAUGCCGGAGGUGUACUGCAUCUCCACGCGGCGCAGGUGUCGCAAGCGCCAUGACUUCCCCAAGCUGGUUCACGACAUCAAGCGCGCCGUGGCCGAGCAUCUUCGUGAGCGCCAGAGAGAGUCGGUCUUGGUGUAG